UCUAUUUCACAAUUCUUGACAAGUCUGGCGCAGCCUUCCUGGUCUUGAUUUUUCUCUGUUUGGGACUAACAAAUUCAAAAAAGACACAAUUGCAUGUUAUGAACGCUUGAGUGAUUGGUGGGUAAGGUUGGGUUUUUUGAAUUGAGGAUUUUCGUCUGAAGUUUCUGAGAAUUUGAAGGAAAAGGAGGAGCUAAAUAGAGUUAUUUUCAAGGAGGCAAAGAGCUUCAACUGGUCAGCUGCUGUUUCUUUUUUUUAAUUCUAGACCCAAGUUUGUCCUCCCAAGUUUCAGCUAAAAAUGGUGACUAGAGCGGUGGACCUUCGAUCGGAUACUGUCACAAAACCAACUGAUACAAUGCGGGCUGCUAUGGCAACUGCUGAAGUUGAUGACGAUGUGUUGUGUUAUGACCCGACUGCCUUUUGCUUAGAAAUGGAGAUGGCAAGGAUUACAGGAAAAGAAGCUGGUCUGUUUGUUCCAUCAGGUACUAUGGGCAACCUCAUAAGUGUACUUGUUCAUUGUGAAAUCAGGGGAAGUGAAGUUAUUCUUGGAGACAAUUCUCAUAUCCACAUUUAUGAGAACGGAGGGAUCUCCACCAUUGGAGGUGUGCAUCCCAAGACUGUGAAGAACAAUAAAGAUGGAACCAUGGAUAUUGAUUUGAUUGAAGCUGCAAUUAGGGAUCCAAGAGGAGAAAUUGUUUUCCCAACUACAAGACUUAUCUGCUUGGAAAAUACACAUGCAAACUCUGGUGGUAGAUGCUUGUCUGAGGAAUACAUAGAUAGAGUUGGGGAGUUGGCUAAGAGCCAUGGUUUGAAGCUUCACAUAGAUGGAGCUCGCAUUUUCAAUGCAUCAGUUGCACUGGGAGUUCCUGUCCAUAGACUUGUACAAGCUGCUGAUUCUGUUUCGGUCUGCCUCUCAAAAGGUCUGGGUGCUCCAGUUGGAUCUGUGAUUGUUGGCUCAAAAACAUUUAUUGCCAAGGCUAGAAGGCUUAGGAAAACCCUAGGAGGUGGUAUGAGACAGAUCGGGAUCAUCUGCGCGGCUGCGCUGGUCGCUUUACAGGAGAAUGUGGGAAAACUUGAAGCUGAUCACAAGAAUGCUAAGAUAUUAGCAGAUGGGCUGAAUCACAUCAAAGGACUAAGAGCUCUUCCAGCGGAGACCAACAUUAUAUUUUUUGACAUACUGGAGGAUUCAAAGCUUACAGCAGAAAAACUUUGCGAGAAUUUAAAAGAACAUGGUGUGCUUUUGAUGCAAGAGGGGCCAUCCAGAAUUAGAGCCGUCCUUCACCACCAAAUCUCAGAAGAUGAUGUGCAGUACACUUUGUCGCGCUUUCAGCAAGCCUUAUCUGGAGCAGAAAAUGAAAAUUGCAAGUAGUGGACAAUAGUGAUUCGCUCCGCUCUUUCCUAAGAUGCUUUUCCAUAGUUUUCUCUAAAAACGUCGGGAUGUAUUGAUCAUUCGACUAUCUUGGUAUCUUUUAAUAAUUUCAGCAACCAUGCGUUUGCUGAAAAUGUGAUCAAUGGCACUAAUGCUGCUUUGAAGUAAAUUUCCCCUAAAUACGAAUAUGUUUCAAAAUCUUUAGGCCAAUAUUGUUUAUAUGUAAUGGACAUUGUUCACCCCCGUGAUGACCAACAUGCUAAGAAAACUUAAGA